AUGUGGCGGUCAACCCUAUUACUGAUUAUUCCCUUCGCCCUAUUCAAACCCCUGCAGGCGGUCUUUCCCCCUCCUCCUUUGACUAUCAGCUUGUCCUCAGACCGCGUUGCUCUAGGUGACUCUGUUACCAUUCGUUGCCAUGUUAACCCCAUUUCGGACGAGGGUGCUUUGAUGGCACGGAGCAGUAUGGCUCUGUAUUGCCCGGUGGUACAGGAGAGCGCAUUCUGCUUCCAGAACUGUCGACCUCUAGAACAAUGUGACUCCGUACGAGGCGGUGACUGUAAGGUGAUUCCUGCUCUGGAAAAGGUCGCCUGCAGAAGUAUAACGCAAGCCAGUGGUGAGAUCAUUUACGAGUAUACGAUCGACCAUGUUACUCAGGAGUGGUUUGAUAAGAGACAAAAGGGGUUCGCGUGCUACAGCGCUGCACAAACAACAGACUGGGUGAGACUGCUUCAAGCACCCGGAAAGGAGAGUUUCCAAGCCAAGACGACAACCACGACAAGGAUUCCUUCCACAACCAAAUCAACCACAACCACAACAACGACUACAUCAACAACCAUGGCCAGUACCACUACAAGCACAGCUGCACCGAAAUCUGUGAUAAUUUCUGAAACAAAUUCGAUGGAGAGUGGCGUAAAUUGGUUCAACUUUCUAAGAAAUUCAGCCAAUUCAUACCCCCGAUACGUUCCCCACGGCGUUCCUACAGCACAGCAAAUGACUCCAAGCUCAGCCUAUCAUCGACAGACGGCAAUUCUGGAUGGGUCUGUGAGUGAGAACCCUCCUUCCUGGGGUCUUUACGAUGGAGGAAACGCCGCCAGAGCUCAUCCUGAGGGCAAAGCUGCCAACGGAAGCACCAUGAGUAACUCAGGAGGCCGCAAUUCAGACUCCGGGUUCUCUCUGGCUCACGCCGCACCCGUCCAUUUAAUCACCUCCGCUGGUUACCCGAUGAGUUUCGAUCCGCUUGGGUGGUCUGGUCCCGUCACGCCGAGAUCCAAGCAGCACCGACUGCGGCAUUCACUGGUCCCACCUUAUUACAUCGGGAUGAAGAGAGCUCCCUCACGAGAGACUGUGUUCUCUGAAAGGCCCAUGUCAGAGCUAGGAUUCGAAUCUAAUCACUACAUCCCGGUGGUUUUGGGAGGUAGUUGUGGAGUAAGGGCCUCGCAGCCGCACUUGGGAGCCUACGGACCUCCACUAUGCGGCCCCGAUGUGAGCCUAAUCGAAAAACCAGGAGCGGGAGAUGGGGCAAGUGCUGGUGGAGGCAGUGGUUCACCCAAACCCGGCAUGGCGGUUUUGCUACCUGCAGCGGUAAUCGGCCAUCAAUUCGGAGUGCUACCUCCUCCUUCGAGCUCUACGGAACGAUCAUCAGCACCACUUUUAAAAACGGAUUUAACACUGAAAGCAAAAACAGCUCCACAAGCUACAUUGGAGGAAGCAGCCGCCGUCAAUGACUCUUCUGGACAAAAUGCAGCAGAAGUCCAAAAAUGGCUCCAGUCGAUGUCCUCGGCAGAAAAGGAGUUGCCUACGCGGCACCAUUUGCGCCUGCCGACCAAACUCGCAGACAGCCUCAACACCGAGUACGACGUUGCGAGCGACUGGAGCGAGCGAGAGCCAAUCCUGAUGCAAGAAAAGCCAGACAGUGAAGGCACUGUUCCAACGGACUGA